UUUUCUUGCGAUUGAUGAAAGAGACAUUAAUUUAGUGACUGUAUCAAGAUCAUCUAAAUUUCCAUCACAACCAUCAACAGUACGACGUUCUGAAUCUCCUUCACCACCACCAACAGAACGACGUCGAAUAUAUACAUCAAAAGAUAGUGCUACAGAACGACGUUCUGAACCUCCAACACCACCAUUAACAGAACGAUGUCGAAUAUAUACACCAGAAGAUAGUGCUGGUGCUCCGUUAACUACAUCACUAUCAUUUACAAGUCGUGCUCGUAGUACUAGGCGUCAAUCUCGAAGAAGAAGCAUUCGAGAUUCUGAACCUUCAUCUUUUUCUAUGCAAGAUUUGAUUUGUGUGCCCCGUGGAAAUACCCUUUCUGGUAAAAUAUCUAUGUAUUCAGAUGAGAUUAAUCAAGUUGCGACAGUUUUAUCAGCUACCACUAUAAAAUCGAAACCUCCAAAGAUUGAAACACUUUAUAAUUUUCUCGAUUUUCAAUCAUUUGAUGGAUCAUUUUUACCAUCUGCUAACUUUUAUUCUUGGUUUGGUAAAAAUAAUUUUAAAGAUUUUGAAGUUAUUGGAAUUGAAAAUGAAAAAGUAUUAUGUUUGACAUUAGCACUGGCAUAUUUAGAAAUUAUUAUGUUUGAAACGUUUAAAGAUGAAUGUGAAAUAUGUUAUGAAAAAGCAAAAAAGGCUUUGAAAAAAGAAGUUGGCGGUGAUGAACAAAAGAUUAAUGAAAUUUCGGAAAAAAUUAAAGAAUGGGUUAAUAAAUGGGCUGAUGAAUAA